AUGCUGGAUCACAGAACCAGGAUGGAGAGCUCCAAAAGGGAGAAGGUGGAUCAGAUCCUGUCGGAGUUUCGGCUCAAGGAGGAAGACCUGAAGAAGGUCAUGUACCGCAUGCAGAAAGAAAUGGACCGCGGGCUCAAGCUGGAGACGCACGAGGAAGCCUCCGUCAAAAUGCUGCCUACCUACGUGCGCUCCACGCCGGAGGGCUCAGAGGUCGGAGACUUCCUCUCACUGGACCUGGGCGGCACCAAUUUCCGCGUGAUGCUGGUCAAAGUGGGCGAGGGCGAGGAAGGGCAGUGGAAAGUGAAGACGAAGCACCAGAUGUACUCCAUCCCUGAGGACGCCAUGACGGGGACGGCCGAGAUGCUUUUCGACUACAUCUCCGAGUGCAUCUCCGACUUCUUGGACAAGCACCAGAUGAAGCACAAAAAGCUGCCCCUGGGCUUCACCUUCUCCUUCCCCGUGCGGCACGAGGACAUCGACAAGGGGAUCCUUCUGAAUUGGACCAAGGGCUUCAAAGCCUCCGGCGCGGAAGGCAACAACGUCGUCGGGCUCCUGAGAGACGCCAUCAAACGGCGAGGGGAUUUCGAGAUGGAUGUGGUCGCGAUGGUGAACGACACGGUGGCUACGAUGAUUUCGUGCUACUACGAAGAUCACCGGUGCGAGGUUGGGAUGAUUGUGGGCACGGGCUGCAACGCCUGCUACAUGGAGGAGAUGCACAACGUGGAGCUGGUGGAGGGCGACGAGGGGAGGAUGUGCGUGAACACGGAGUGGGGCGCGUUCGGCGCCUCGGGGGAGCUCGACGAGUUCCUGCUGGAGUACGACCGCGUGGUGGACGAGACCUCACUUAACCCCGGUCAGCAGCUCUAUGAGAAGAUCAUCGGCGGCAAGUACAUGGGGGAGAUCGUCCGGCUGGUGCUGCUGAAGCUCGUCGACGAGAACCUGCUCUUCAACGGCGAGGCCUCCGAGAAGCUCAAGACCCGCGGCACCUUCGAAACCCGCUUCGUGUCGCAGAUCGAGAGUGACUCGGGCGACCGCAAGCAGAUCUACAACAUCCUGACGGCCUUCGAGCUGCUGCCCUCGGGGACGGACUGUGACAUUGUGCGGAUGGUCUGCGAGAGCGUCUCCACCCGGGCAGCCCAGAUGUGCUCGGCCGGGCUGGCCGGCGUCAUCAACCGCAUGCGGGAAAGCCGGAGCCAGGACACCCUCAAAAUCACCGUGGGAGUCGACGGCUCCGUUUACAAGCUCCAUCCCAGCUUCAAAGACCGGUUCCACGCCACCGUACGGCAGCUGACGCCGGGCUGCGACAUCACCUUCAUCCAGUCGGAGGAAGGCAGCGGGCGAGGGGCCGCUCUCAUCUCGGCCGUCGCCUGCAAAAUGGCCUGCAUGAUCGGGCAGUGAGAGCGCAG